AUGGUGAUUGAGUCUUCCUUUCUCCUCGUUUGUAAGCUCAACAAAGAGCAAUUUAACUCCCGUCUCAAACAUAUCGUCGAUUCAUGGACAAAAGCGACCAAAAAUGACGACUACAGCACGAUUGUCGACGUAGACGCUCUCUUUCUCGCUGCCGGAGACCCAUCUGGAGAGGAUGAACCUGUCAGGAAGGGCACCGCGUUCCAAACUUGGCUUCUGGGAUACGAGUUUCCCUCUACAUUCAUGCUUUUUGAAAAAGAGCGCGUUUCUAUCUUAUGCUCUGCAAAGAAAGCGAAGAUUCUUGAACAACUCGCGAAACACAAGACCGUAGUUCCUGUGGAGAUUUAUGCUCAAGGGAAGCCGAAGGAUCCACCCAGUGAUGCCCUCCCGAAGUUCCUUCAAGCCUUCACGUCACACCAACGCAUUGGUACCCUGACCAAGGAGUCUUACACUGGCAAACUAUAUGAUGAGUGGAAGAAAGCGUUAUCUGUAUCGAGCAAAAAGCCAGAAAUGUCCGACAUUGCGCCUUCAAUAUCUUCCUUCAUGGCUGUUAAGGACGAUGAAGAGCUUAAAGCCAUUCGUACCUCGGCCAACUUGACUUCCACACUACUCACUCACCAUGUAGCGCUCAAGCUUGAGCAGAUUCUAGACAGAGAAGCUAAGAUCUCACAUGACCAGUUAUCCGCGCAAUUCGAGGCUCGUCUAGGAUCCGGAGAGGGAGAGACCGCAAAAGGUCCAGACAUGAAAGUUUGGAGCAAGGGACGCGGCUUAAACGAUGUGGAUUGGCCAUCGACAGAAUUUUGCUAUUCGCCGAUCGUCCAGUCACGAUCUUCAAGAGCAGGAUAUGAUCUGAAGUCCACUGCAGAGUCCAGCGAAGAUAACAUCUCUCACAAGGGCGUUCUCCUGGUGUCCUUAGGAAUGCGAUACAAGGGUUACUGUUCCAAUGUUGGCCGUACGUUUAUUGUCGACCCUGACAAGGAGCAAGAAUCUAUAUACAAUUUACUUUUAUCGUUGCAAACGGAGUUAUUGUCGAAAAUGAAGGACGGUGUGACGGCACGAGAUGUGUACCAGCAUGCGUUGGCUUUCAUCAAGAAGAAAAAUCCUGACCUUGAAAAGCAUUUUGUAAAGAAUGUCGGAUUCGGAAUGGGAAUGGAGUUCCGAGAUUCUGCAUACCUUUUGUCUCCUAAAAACGGUCGCCAGCUCAAAGCCAACAUGGUUUUCAACCUUUCCCUCGGUUUCCAAGACCUCGAAGACGGAGAUAAGAAGAAGUAUGCUCUUCAACUCGUCGACACUGUCAAGGUCGGUCAUGACAAGGCUAUUUGUCUCACUGAAGGAGUCAAGCAUACGAAAGACACCCUCUUCUACAUCACACGCGAUGGCGGUGAGGAGGAAUCAAAACAAGCCAAGAAACCUGCGGCAAAGCCCACCAACGGUAAUCCUUCGCCCACAAAGCACAAGACGGCUGGCGGCAAAGUAUUACGAAACAAGACUCGCAGUGCUGCUCAGGAGGAGGUCUUACAAUCUGCCGCAACUAAGAUCAAAGAACAUCAGCGCGAAUUACAUCAGUCACUUCAGGCAGAGGGACUCGAAAAGUAUUCAGAAGAAGGUGCAAGUGGGGGUGGCAAGGAGGGCAAAGGUUGGAAGCGCUUCCAGAGCUACAAGGGAGAGCUCGGUUUACCCAAGGAGGCUGAGAGUUUGCGGAUAUUUGUUGACCGCAAAGCUCAAACGAUUGUCUUGCCUAUACACGGCUUUGCUGUUCCGUUCCACAUCAACACCAUCAAAAAUGUCAGCAAGAACGACGAGGGCGAAUUUACCUAUCUGCGCGUCAACUUCCAGACACCGGGACAGCUUGCAGGAAAGAAGGAAGACACGCCUUUCGAGGAUCCUGACGCUACAUUUAUCAGAUCUGUCACAUACCGGUCGGCGGACGGCCAUCGCUUUGACACAAUUAGCAAGCAGAUCACCGACUUGAAGAAGGAAGUGAACAAGCGCGAGCAGCAGAAGAAAGAGCUUGCUGAUGUUAUUGAACAAGACAUCUUGGUUGAAAUGAAAGGACGUCGGCCGAUCAAGUUGCCUGAAGUGUUUGUGCGACCUGCACUCGAUGGUAAACGAUUGCCAGGAGAGGUCGAAAUUCACCAGAAUGGUCUGCGGUACCAGUCACCCAUGGGUACCCAGAAGAUCGACAUACUUUUCAGCAACAUCAAACAUCUGUUCUUCCAACCAUGCGAUCAUGAAUUGCUCGUCAUCAUUCACAUUCAUCUCAAAGCUCCUAUCAUGAUUGGCAAGAAGAAAGCCCACGAUGUUCAAUUCUUCCGUGAGGCAUCUGAUGUUCAGUUCGACGAGACGGGUAACCGUAAACGGAAGUAUCGCUAUGGUGAUGAGGAUGAGAUCGAAAUGGAGCAGCAGGAGCGUAAACGAAGACAGAUCAUGAACAAGGAAUUCAAAUCCUUUGCAGAGAAAAUCACUGAAGCCUCUACUUCCUUCACUGGUGAUACUCUGGAACCGGAUAUCCCUUUCCGAGAGCUGUCAUUUGAGGGUGUCCCCUUCCGCACGAAUGUUCGCCUGCAGCCUACCACCGAGUGUCUUGUCCAUCUAUCAGAUCCUCCUUUCCUGGUUGUCACGCUGGCGGAAAUCGAGAUCGCGUCCUUGGAGCGUGUUCAGUUCGGGUUGAAACAAUUUGAUGUGGUUUUGGUCUUCAAGGACUUCACGAAAACACCACUUCAUAUCAAUUCGAUACCAAGUGCUCAACUGGACGACGUGAAGAACUGGCUUGAUUCUGUUGACAUUCCACUGGCUGAAGGACCCGUCAAUUUGAACUGGGGACCGAUUAUGAAGACCAUCAAUGACAGCCCUCACGACUUCUUCCAGUCCGGUGGAUGGAACUUCCUUGGCGGUACAGGUGGCGAUGACUCCGAUCAAGACGACGACUCUGAUACUGAAUCCGAGUUUGAGGCUGAGUCUGUCGAAGAAGAGAGUGAGGAGAGUGAAGAUGCUGGAAGCGUGUUUGAUGGGUCGGACGCAAGUGAUGACGAAGGUAGCGAGUCGAACUUCGAUGACGACAGUGAUGGCGAAGACUGGGAUGAGUUGGAGAAGAAGGCCGCGAAAUCCGACAAGAAACGAGUCGAGGUUGGACGCGGGCAUAAUUCUGACGAUUCUGACAGCCGGCCAAAAAAGAAAGUUCCCGCGAAAUCUAAUGGCAAGAAGGGUAAGCGGUGA